AUGUUGGCGCUUAACAGGACCACCCGCAACCUCAUCUUCUCAUAUAUUCAGAAGAGAGAAUUCGCCGGUUCCCUCUCUCCUUCCCCCAUCGCCCAUCACUUCUGUUCCUACUUUCUCAUGGCAUCUCCUCCUCCACCCUCCGACCUGAAAGCAGCAGCGGUCAUGGGCCAUCCUGCUCCUCCUCAGCCUCUGCCGAGGGGACAUCAGCCCGGUAAACAUUCACCCGACCUGCCUUGGCCGCAUGGCCCCCGGUCCAAUCCCCGCCCACGAUGCAGCAGAUGCGGAACCGACUGGAAGUCCGAGCUAUGGCUUCUUGGUGUCGCGAUGGCUGCUAUGGCGACCUUUGUGAUAGUAGUAUGGUAUUUAGCCUUCUUCAUCGGCGUCCUUGCUGGGCCUGGAUACCCCGCGUUGAGAGUUGCUGGGCUGACCGUGUCCAAUUCGACGGUCAUGGCAUCGGCCGGGGCUACUUGGGAAGCUGCCCUAUUGGCGCAAAAACCAGAACAUUUUGGGAACUUGUUUUUGCACAAAGUCCACUGCUUCCUCUACUAUCAGGGGGACGCAGAGCAACCCUUGGCAUUGGCGUUGGCAAAGCCGUUCGUGCUGCGGUCUACCGACAGGACUGUGAUCAAGGUGAAGAUAAGGAUGGAGAGGCCGGCGAAGGCGGUGGUUGAGAACAUGCACCGGGAGUGCAGGUCCGUGGGGACAGUGGCCGUAGGGUUGGAGUUGAGGAUGCAGGGCACUUACGUGCUUGGAUCGUGGUGGAAGAAGAACUAUGGCUUGAUCGAAGCACGUUGCGGCCACUUGAGAAUUGCUUUGACAAAUUCUUGCGGCGAGGGAAGUUUGGUCACUGGCAAUAACUUAGCUACCCUUCCGUCCGAUAAUCUGCCAUCAUGUUCCUACAAUGGUUAUGAUUAUUCAUGGUAA